AUGGCGUUCUUCGGGAGACUUGUUGAGGCGGAUCGGGAGGCGACACGCUCAAAACCUCUGCAGCUCCCACCGAUCAAUAAGGAAAAAGUCCUCAAGAAAUUUGAAAGAACUUUGGUGGGAAGAGUCCUCAAUCCGGAGAUCUCGGAGGCUCGUGUAAAGGCGUUGCUGGGGUUUUUACCUUCGGUGUGGAAGUGUGAAGUGAAAUCUUGUGGAAUUCCCUUCUCUCUACAUUAUACGUACAAGGCUUUAUAUAGCCAAAGUAGUUACACRAAAUCAGGAGCARUAUUAACAACUUAA